AUGGAAAUCCGUUAUGUUUGCUCUCGUUUCUCACAGCAGCCGAUCUUCCUCAAGCAUUCUCGGUCGUUCCCCUCUUUGCAGGGAGUUGAUGGAGCUUUGAGGGUGAAGGGGAAAGAUAAAUGGGAUUUUAAUAAGAGCGAUCUGCCAUUGCCAAUCCUCCGCCGCACCCACUGCCUCGUCCCUUCACCUUCUUCCUUCUCUUCCCACAAUGAAGAAGGAAGAUAUGAGAUUGAUUUGCUGCUGCCAAUCCCCUGCUGCUCUUCUUGUUCGAACAUGGGUUAUUCCGUUUAG